GGGGGUCACAUGAGGCUAGAAGAGUUAUUUGACACCAUUGAUGAAAGCAAUUCAUGGGAGAAUGGACAGUGAUGAUACACUUCUUUGUCAUGCCUGGCCAGAAUUUGGAAGAGAAUAGGCAAGUGGUGAUGCAGGAGUUUCAGUUGCCAGUUUCACAGGGAAAUAAUCAGCCCGCCCAUUUCAAUAGUCCACCAUUUUCCAAUGUGGGAGCAUCUUCACCUGUUCAAUCUUUUCCACUUCAGCAGUCCCAACCACAUCAGAUACAACAACAGUCACACAUGUUUGGAAACACACACCUUUCUCAUAUCCAAGGAACAAACCAGGCAAAUUCACAGCAGCAGGCUUAUGCUAUUCGCUUGGCUAAAGAGAGACACAUUCAACAAAUGAUUCCUCAACAACAGCGCCCACUUUCUGGAGCCAGUACAGUGCCAACUGUGCAGAAUGGCUCACAAAUGCAACAGCAGGGCCAAGGUUCCGCAGCUAGUGUUAUCCUGUCUUCACAACCACAGCAUAAGCAGCAAAAUCCAGGUGGUAGUUCAGUGCUUCCCAAUCAGCCUGCCACCACUAAGCAAAAGAAGCAACAAGGUCAGCAGCAGUCCAGACAAAAUCAACAGCAACGGAAUCAAGGUACUCAACAAGCUAAGCUAAUGAAGAGCCUAGGCCGAGGGAACAUGAUGCACCAGAGUCUGGUGGUUGCUACUCAAGCCAGUGGCAUUUCUACAGCCUGUAAAAACCAAGUUCCUGAUAAAAAUGUGAUGCAGCAGGGUACAGGGUAUUUUGCUGGUAGUAAAGGAUCACUUCCAACAAUACCUCAACCUGGGAAUCAACCUAAGAUAUAUGUUCCCCAGAUGCCUCAGUCACCGAUGCAGACGCCAGAUAUUGGUAAUCAAGGCUCAGUAAAGGGUUCUCCCAACCAUACCUUGUUAGUUUCCCAACAAUCUUCACUUCAUUCAUCAUCACAAUUGGCUACACAGCAGCAGCAGCAACGAUACAUGAACCCUUCGCAGAACAAUAUACAAAGAUUGAUUAUUCAACAAAACCGCCACAUGAACACAGAUGGUAGGAUUGAAUUACCUGUUGACCAAGUACAACAUAACCAGGUGAUGCCAUCUGCAUCCCUUGCAAGGAGUACAGAUUCAGGUAGCCCAGGUAUUUCAUCUAUAACCCAGCGGAAACAAGAGUCAUCCCAUGAUCCAACUGCAGUUGCCUCGACCUUGCAGCUUGCUAGCUCGCCUCAACAUACCUUUGUUGGAAGUGAUACGCUUUUGUCAUCAUCUAGCCAAGGCAUGCUGCAAAGGCAAUUGUCGGGUGGUGUGCCUAUACAUGGACAUGACAUUGGUGGCCAGCUGCAGCAACAACAAUCUCGGCAGCAACUGCAGUCUCAGCAGCAGCAGCAGAGGCCUGUUCAAGGCAGUGUAUACGCUCAUCCUUCAAAUUCUGGACCAGGAUGAUGAUGAAUUAUGCUGGGUUGAUAAGUCCUGCAGAGCACCCUUUCCCCUUGUAAAGUUACUGUACAGGCGUCCCUGCUACGGAAGAUGCGUGGAUGAUAGCGCUCUUUAUUCCCCAACUUUGAGCUAAUUGUAGUCACCUCAGUGUCAGGUAGAUAAUUAUUCCCGUACCAUUUUGGUGCCACACUGCCACCUUCCAAGUAGUUUGACCCUAGAUUGCUGGAGGUGGUUCUUGUGCGGGCAAAUUCCUUUUGUUGUCGAAUUGUAACCUGAAAUUGGGCCCAGAUGUAUAUUUUCCUUAGGAGGUCCAUGUUGUUAGAGGUAAUCCCUUUUGUAUAACCUGUACAUUUAGCUCACAAGUCAGUGAAUGCAAAAGCCUUUCUUUG